AGCGCGACGUCCGCGGCCGUUGUUUUUGAAUGGACACAAACAAGCUAGAACUGACCGGACGCCAAGCACAAUUGAACAAAAUGUUUUAUGGAAGUGUGCCGGCCUCCGCAUGCUGAAUGUGUCCAGUGCUCGCGUAGGAAAACUAUGAUAACAGUUAGUGUUUCAAAAAAUUUUCGGAGACGUAAAUUAAAAAGGUGAUCGGUGCAUCAGGAACAAGGUGGUUCUUCGUGUGAUGUGCGUGGUGCGGCGCUAGGCAAGCUGUCGGCGGGCGACAAGCUGGGGCCCGACGAGGCGUUCGACGCCUCUGCGCACGCUCACCAAUUGCAGACGAUGACCUCCACCAUGGGAAUAAUGACACUCAGCCGCGGGCCGUGUGACCUCGACAACAUGAGUCUGUUCCAAGACCUCAAAUUGAAGAGGCGGAAAGUUGACUCCCGAUGUAGUAGCGAUGGCGAGUCGGCCGCCGACACGAGUACGUCGUCGCCGGACCCAGGCCCGCCGUCGCCGCGCAUGGCCGAGGCGGGGUGCAGCACGCCGCCGCACCCGCCGCCCGUGUUUGACGGCGGCGGCUCGCCGUCGCCCUCGCCCGCCUGCCACCCCACCGUCAUCCGCUCCGCGCCGCCCUACUCCGUCAUCAAGUUCGAGGGGGCGCCCGGUUCCGUCAAGGCGGAGAGCUCUCCGGCGAGUAGCAAACAUGACGCAGCGCCGCCAUCACAGAUGUCCUCUGUCAAAUUAGAAGGUACACAGCAGGAGUCACCCCAGCCCUACCGACCCCGCACUAUAGCUCCGCCUCCACCUGGCUCACACUCGUCGCUCACCCCGGGUCCCUGGCCGCCGUCCGCCUGUAUCAAUGGAGUAAAACCGGAGUUGAUAGGCGGAAACUUCCCACCGCAACCAAUCGAGCCUAAACCAGGAGCACGAGGCCAAACACAAUGGAGAGGGACACCCGCCGUCAUCAUGGGCGAGUCGGGUGGUGUUCGGACGAUGUUUUGGACGUUACCAGCGCCCACCCCUAGCGGAGAGCCAGCGGCAAGCGCAUCACAUACGCCAACGCCUCCAACGCCAGACCCUGCGACGUGUAGCGAGGAGUCAGCCGCACGGUUACUGUUGAAUUUAGGUGGUGAGCUAAGGCGGCCAAGAGGUCCACCUUUAAACAUGGAACUAUUAUGGGCUGGAGACGUAUCACAAUUACCCGCGCACCAACAGUUGCACGCGUUAAAUUUGAGCGCAGCAGCAGGAAGCGUGGCGGGUGCAUCAUCUGUGGCAAGUUCCAGCUCACUCACAUUGCCAAGGCCAGAACUCCGCACUUACGCCCCUGAAACUGAACGUGAUGAGGAUGAACAACCAAUGAUUUGUAUGAUAUGUGAAGACAAGGCUACCGGACUCCAUUAUGGCAUCAUUACAUGUGAGGGUUGUAAAGGUUUCUUCAAACGGACUGUACAGAAUCGAAGGGUAUACACGUGCGUUGCUGAUGGUGGCUGUGAAAUAACAAAAGCGCAACGGAACAGAUGCCAGUAUUGCAGGUUUAAGAAAUGCAUCGAGCAAGGAAUGGUAUUGCAAGCGGUACGAGAGGAUCGGAUGCCAGGAGGAAGGAAUAGCGGAGCUGUGUAUAAUCUGUACAAGGUGAAAUACAAGAAGCACAAGAAAGCAAACAAGGCGGCGACGACGACGAGCCGAGCGUCACCGCCCGAAAAGCCUAAAGAACCUUUACCACCACUCCCCCCGCAUUUGGUCAACGGAACCAUACUUAAGACUGCACUUACUAACCCUAGCGAGGUGGUUCAUUUAAGAGCGAGACUGGAGAGCGCCGUGUCUUCAUCACGAGAUCGCGCAGUGCCCUUAGAAAGAGCGUUACACAUGAUCCGAGCGCUAAUAGACUGCGACGCGAUGGAGGACAUAGCCACGGUGCGACACCUACCAGACCUACUACAUGACACCUCAGAAAUAGGAGACAAACUGUGUAAAAUCGGCGAUUCAAUCGUGCACAAAAUGGUCGCGUGGACGAAACAACUACCUUUCAUCAUGGAAAUACCGAUGGAAAUCCAUUCAAAACUGUUAAUGGAAAAGUGGCACGAGAUCUCAGUGCUAACGACAGCGGCGUAUCAAGCGAUGCAUGGGAAACAUGCGCAUGCGCCGCCCUCGUCGGACCACGAGCAAGACUUCAUGCAAGAGGUGAACGCAAACCUUCGGACGCUACAGAACUGCCUGACGUCACUAAUGGGCCGGCCCAUCACGCUAGAGCAGCUGAGGCUCGACGUGGGACUGGUGGUGGAGAAGAUGACGCAGAUCACGUGCGUGUUCCGCCGCAUCCAGCUCCGGAUGGAAGAGUAUGUGUGCCUAAAGGUUUACAUACUGCUUAACCAAGAAGUGGAGCUCGAAAGUAUCCAGGACAGAUACGUACAAGUGCUGCGCAGUUACCUGGAGCACGCCACGCCACAUCACCCCGGCAGACUACAGGAACUGUUCGCAAGGAUACCAGAGAUCCAAGCGGCGGCGAACCUUUUGCUCGAGAGCAAAAUGUUCUACGUCCCCUUCGUGCUGAACUCGGCGGAGAUCAGAUAGUAUAUGGCGCAGCAGGGCGUCUAGUUCUCGAUGUACGAGCGCGCGACCCCCCGCACGCGUCCUGAAGCCUGCCCCCCGCCCCGCCGCACCCUCGUCUUAUGAUCGCACCACCCUGUGUUCAGUGCACCACCACACAGCACAAGAGUUCGUACAAAGGUUCCUAUUCGGGCUGAGACAGUGAGGCUCGUGCCGGACGCGCCGGACUGGCCGUACUGGCCGGUCGGAGCCGGAGCCGAAAGCCUCUGCGUGAGUGACGAAACUGACGAAGAGUCGCGAGGAUGUCAGUGCGGUACUUUAUACCUUUGUUGAGUCAAUGUGUGUUAUGGUUUAAUGUUUAAUAGAGGAAAUAAAACGUCCCAAUUGACAGACUGAUUUAUUAUUAAAAUAGCUGUAAUAUAAGGUACCAGGGACUUGAAUGAGUGUUUUAUAUGUGGUAGCGUAUACUAUUUAGUGUUAAAUAGAAUAAAAUAUAUGUUAUGUUACUAUUUAAAAUUUGUCAGUCGGAGAAUCGCAUAAUAUAUUAUUUCUGUAAAUAUAGAAUAUAAUUUACAAUUUAACAUGUAAGAUGUUGUUUUAGACAGAAUUGUUUCUUGUAAAUGAAAUAUCGCUGUUUUAGUUUGCAUUUUAUAUCAUCUAGGAUUAACCGGUAGAGUAAUUGCUGGGUGUGUACUGUGUAAUAUCAGAAUGUUUAAUUUAAUUUUAUAUGACUUGUUCGUACGUAACGUAAGUAGCACUAAGUACCUACUCUCAGUGUUUACCAAGACUGCUUGUAUACAACUUUACUGUUUAUACACUAACAUAGAUGGCGCCUCGUCGCGCUCGGUUCUUUUAGUCACAAUCUAUGCAUUUUUAUUGCCAAUAUUUCGCAUAACACAACUAUGCAUACGUUUCGUUCUAAAUAUUUCACUUCAGAUUCUGGUCUAACUAGAUGUAAGAGUCCAGCACACAUGUGCGUGUGCGUGUGCGUGUGUGUGUGCACUCUCGUUGCAUUUCUAUUCUGACGAUGUUAUCUUUGUGUGUGUAGGUGCUUUAAGAUUUGCUGAUCUUUUGCUUCCUUCGAUGUGUUCAAAUGUAAUUAUGCUCAAUGACCCGUGUUUCGUUCGGAUACUCAACAUAUUAUUGUAAUACAAGUUUUCAUAUCAGUAAUUAAAAAUUAUUUGGCUAUUUUGCACCGAGUUAUUUUAACACGCACUCAUGCCAUAGCUCAAGAGUCAAUAAUGUCUGACGAUCUGCAUGUCAUGCUGACCAUUUCAUCCUUCGCCACAUCAGCCCUCUAGCAUUCCUGAACAGUCCAAUCAUGUCCAUCAUUCUAUAACGUCUAACAAUGUCUACUCAUAUAUAUUUUCACGAAUCAACCAAAAGUGUAAUCAUUAUCAUCUAAUAAUAAUCAUGUAACACUUAAAGCAGUCAUCUAACAUUAUAUUAACAUAACAAAAAUCAUAAAAAUAACAAAAAAAAUCAUAACCACUUCUAGCGUUGUUUAAAGACUUACAAAACAUAACACUGUCGGUAUAAUCACUGCCUAUCAUUUUUAAACUUAUUUGCCGUAAUCUUUAACUCUCGUAUUAUGUAAUGUUAAAAUUGUAAUACACGUUCCAACAACGGUGAACAGUUACCAUUAGGUUUAGAGGGCAAUGUACGCCCUGGCUAAAAUAAUUAAGUAAUUACAACCAAAAAGUUCGUUCUAAGGACUUAGGUUCUAGUUUAAUUAGAUUUGUUUAAUCGCCAACAGUCGCGGCCAACGUCACUAUCGCGUCGACGUCAUUAGAUACAUCAGUUUGAAUUCAUUCUCGAAAACAAAAUUCAGUUCAUAAAAAAACAGUUUUAGAAUACAGGUUGUGAACAUAGAAAAUCGGACGACAGGAGGUAUCAGUACCAGACAAACUGCGUCAGUAGCCGAACAUUCUAGAAAACAUACAAUUAUUAUUAGUGAAUCCUGUUACCUAAACGAGCGACACACGUCCGUUCCUCAUCGUGUUACCAUUAGUUAAGUGUUAGCGAUUAUAUGUGUUUUGUACAUUAUAUUUAGUUUGAAAUACAACCAGUUACAAUACUGCCAUCAAAUGCCUAAAUAGAUUUUUUUCAAUUAAUUUCGGUUUAAUGUACGUUUAAGUGAAUGAUGGAGUCGGUGAAAUUAUUAGUUCUUUGUGAUAGUGAAUCAGUGAUAAUACAUCGGGAUGCACUCGUUUCACAUAGCGCCUAGAGACGCCCGCGUAACUUCGCACGCCGCGUCUCCUAGCGUGUUAUCGAGUCUCGUGCGUUCGCCUGUAUUCGGUCUCAAUGCGCGAAACUUUCUCGACAAUUCGGUAACUAUAUUUAUUUAUUGAAUUUUAUCUAACUUAAUUAUAAUUAAUUAGUUCAUAAAAAAACAACACCAUCAGAACGACGGUGUUAAAUCUAAAGUCUGAGGUAAAGAUGCCUUUAUAGAUUUUUAAACGUGUAAUGACGGAAACCGUAAUGUAACUAUAAUCGCGAAUCGUGCAUCGUUCUACUAAUAUAUAUGUAAAUGAUAAUGUAUGUAAGUAAUAUUGACACUUAUUUUGUUAAUAGCGUAGAAUACAUACUGUUAAGACGAAACUAACGGCAGUGUAUCGAAAUGGGAACUAGAUUUUUAAGAAUGUUAUUGGCGUUGUACAAAGGAUUAGUAUUGUUAGUAAUAAAAUGAAUUGGCGCAUUACUGGCGAGUACCUAAUUAGAUUAGUACACGAACAGCCCUCAGAGGCUAUUACAUACAUAAUGUACAUACAGAUUAUGCUUCGACGGGUAAGAAUGCCACUCGCUUUUCGUUGCUCUUCUAAAUUUAUUUGCUGUUUUCGUGGGAUAGGGCUUAUUCGCCUUUUUCAUCUUGUUUGAAAUUUUAACGUAUUUUAUAUGAAUAUCGAAAUUGACUGACCGAAACAGACAGAAUUAUUAAUGAUUUGCUUCUGCUUGCUGUAUGUUUUUAACUGUUUGUAUGGAGUUAGAACAUUAGAUCUCCUAUCUAUGAUCCGGGAAAUUUCACGGUGGAAACGACUUUGAAAUAACUUGUGUCCCGUCGAGUUAUUUAGAGGCUACACACUUAACAAACUAUUUAAAACUUCGAGCUUAUGCAACUAACCCUUUUUUAUUUUCAUACGAAUAUCCAUCUAUAUUAAGAGGUCAGGCCAAUGAACUGACGUUUCGAAGUUCGAAUUCCCGACCUUUGAUACAGCAUGCAUAAAAACUGGGACACAAGUGGUUUUAAAUUCGUUUCGUAGAUAAAUAUUACGAAAAUAUUUUGACUGAUGUAGGUAAUGUAAAAAAUCAUAAUAAUGUUAAUAUAUUUAUAAGGGUGUAACAAAAACUUAAUGCAUUUCACAAUUUCUUUACAGUCCAUAAUGAGAAUAAUUAAUUACAAUCUAAGAUAUUGUGACGAAAUAUUUUCACAUUCGUAGAAUAAGGUUUGUUGUGUAUAAAACUAGCGUUUCAAGUGUUUCGGGUAAAAGAAGGGUUGAAAUUUUGUGUACAUUAGACAUUGUGUUAAAAUAGUUAUCAAAACGAGUGUAACACGGUAAGAGAAUAUAUAUUUGGAAACGUUGACGAGUGUUUAUUGUAUGUAAUUCAUGUCACAGUUGGAUAUUUGAACUCUAUGUAACAUAGAUAUAUAUUCUACAAGUUAUCAAUAUUUUAUUCAACAGUAAACAUACUUUUUGUUACGUUUAUAGCAAACACGUUUCGCUUGUGUUGUUCAUUUGUUUAGUAACACUGCCACUUUGAAUUUAUCUAUUACCUAUAUGACCCAUGUUCAGUAAGUCACAGAUUACUCUACACGCCACGGAAGUGCUUCAGAAACACAUUCAAAAUAGACUAAAAACCUAAAAUAAGAGUUCUAUGUGGUUGAGUGUGCUGUAUUUCACGUAUUUAGUUGGGCUCGCUCAAUAUGAAGACUUAUUGCUUUCAGACCUAGCAUGUACUUUUAAGUAUUAUCGAUACCUUAGGGUUCUAUGUUUACACGUAGCAAAUCACAUUAGUUGCUGAUUGCUGUAUCGUUCUCGAUGGAUUAAAGGCUGUUAAUUCGACCAAGUUAAGAUAUACAGUGACUGUUACGACAUAAUCUGGUGUUUGUGUCUAUCUGUCUCGUACGAGUGGUGCGCCGGAUGAUAGUCAAAGGAUGUGUACUGGUUUGCCAAGAGAAGUUACCUACAGUUGUGUUUAGUUAGCGAUGCAUAACGUGUUUGUACUUUAAUUUGUUUUUUAGUUGUACUCUUGGAAAUCAAUGGUUAAUAAUUUAAGAAAAUAAAAUGUAUGUGAAAUAUG